AUGGCCGCCGCACUCGCCGCCCGCACCCCGAUUCAGCUCGUCAAGAAGGUUUGGGAGCGUAUUGCUCCCCUCUCGCUGGCCGAGACCAGCUGGGAUAACUCCUCCCUUCUGAAGCUCAGUGCCAAGGGUAUCUCUGUUUUCUCCCCGCACACUUCGCUGGACGCCACGCCUAAGGGCAUCAACAGCUGGCUUGUUGAACCGUUCCAGGGUUCUUCUGAGGUUGUCGACAGGACGGAGAACCCUCCGCCUGGCUUCGAGGGUGCCGGCAUGGGCCGUGUCGUCAAGCUCUCGUCGCAGAUGACGCUCGCCGACAUUGUCCCGAUUGUCAAGAAGCACCUCGGUAUUGCCAAGCCCGCGACCGAGAAGCCGAUCAAGUCGAUCGCCGUCUGCGCUGGUUCCGGCGGCUCGGUGCUGCGGGGCGUUGACGCUGACCUCCUCCUGACCGGAGAGAUGAGCCAUGUGCUUGCCACCAUCGGCAAGGGACAGGCCGUUCUGCUCGCGAACCACACGAACACGGAGCGAGGGUUCCUCCGCGCCGUGCUCCGCGACUGGCUCGAGAAGGAGCUGGCCAAGGAGGAGGCGGGAUGGAAGGUCGCCGUGUCGGAGAAGGACCACGACCCGCUCCGCGCUGUCUGA